CAGAAUUCUGUGUUGACCUCAUUCAGCUGGCGGUAAUACACCUGUUAGGAGUAUCUGUUUGUCAACACACCAAGAAACAUGGCCUUUGCAAUGUCUGUGGAUCAGUUUCGGUGUAGCAUCUGUCUGGACAUCUUCCGCAAUCCUGUCUCCAUUCCAUGCGGGCACAACUUCUGCAUGACGUGCAUCAAACGCUUCUGGGAUAUCAGACAUAAUUCGGAGUGUCCGCUUUGCAAAGAGGCCUUCAAACCCCGUCCAGAACUCAGGGUCAACUUAGGCUUAAGAGACAUCACAGAGGAAUUUAAAAAGACCAUGACAGGCAAGCCAGCACACAAGCCACGACCACCACCAAGGAGAAGUCUGCCAAACCAAUCUUCUAUUACCGAUGACAUUUUUUGUGACGUCUGCAAUGAUAAGCAAAUAUUGGCAAACAAGUCGUGCCUCGUUUGCCAGGUGUCUUAUUGCGAGGUUCACCUGACGCCUCAUCUAAGGGAUCCAGUGUUAACGACACACAGGCUGACAGAUCCGGCCACCUUUAUCACCAGUCACCUCUGCAGAAGUCACAACACACUCCUGGAUAUGUUUUGCAAGAGGGAACAGAUGCCUGUCUGUAUGAAAUGCAGAGAGAGGGACCACAGACACCACGAGUUAGUCCCGAUAGCGCAGGAGAGCAAAAGAAUCAGGGCUCAGAUGAAAAGGGUCGAUGCAGAGUAUCAGCAGAUGGUCCGUGCCAGACUCAAAAAGCUCAAGGAGAUCAACACUUCAGUGGACUUGAGCAAAACAAAUAAGGAACGGGAGAUACAAACAAGCAUUGAAGUCUUCAGCACGGUGAUCAGCGUCAUAGAGAAAAACCAGGCUUUGCUCUUUGAGGAGAUCGACCAGAAGCAGCAAGAGACUCAAAGUGUGGAGGUGGAGCUUAUCAGCGAGCUCGAGCAGGAGAUCAAUGAACUGCAGAGGAGGCGAAGUGAGCUGCAACACCUGGAGCACACCGAGGACCCUCUUCAUCUCCUACAGAGUUUCCCCUCUCUGAGCACGCCGCUGUCCUCCAGGGACUGGUCCAUGGUUAGAGACCAGUCGGACAACUACAUAGGGGCAGUGAGGAGAGCUUUCUCCAAGCUGGUGGAAGUCUGCCAUACACUUGAGAAGCAACUGUCCGCCGAAGAAAUUAGAAAGACAAGUCAGUAUGCAGUGGAUGUGACUCUGGAUCCAGUGACAGCUUCGGGCUGGUUGUGUCUGUCCCCAGAUGGGAAACAGGUGAGCCUCAGCCUCCAGCAGAAAAAACCCUGUCCCCCUGACGACCCCCGCAGAUUUGACGCCUGCGUCUCCGUUUUGGGGAAACAAAGCUUCACCUCUGGGCGACAUUAUUGGGUGGUUCAGGUUGGAGAUAAAACAGACUGGGAUCUCGGUGUGGCCAAGGAGUCCAUCAACAGGAAGGGGGCCAUCACAGUGUGUCCCGACAGUGGCUACUGGGCAAUCUGUCGCCGCAAGGGCGGCAGCCUCAGCGCCUGCGCCGGCCCCUCCGUCACCCUCCAGCUCUACGAAACCCCCCAGAAAGUUGGCAUUUUCCUGGAUUGUGAGGAAGGAAAGGUGUCCUUCUAUGAUGCAGAAGCAAAAACUCACAUUUACACUUACAGCGAAUGUCUCUUCAACGAGCCUCUAUAUCCGUACUUAAACCCAUGUCUCCAUGACAACGGGAAAAACACAGCCCCUCUGAUCAUCUGUCCUGUUGAGGUUGGGCACGCUGAGAGAUUGUAGCUUUUUGAACGGGAGACUCAGGGCACACUUAAGACAGCAAAGUCCUUAGUGUGAAAAUUUGAAUAAAAAAAUAAUUUUAAUUAAUUUUAUCCACAAUCAUUAAAAUAAAACGCAGAUACUGAUAAUCAGCAAAAUGCCAAAUAUCGACCCCAAUAAUCGGCCAUGCUGAUAUUCUGUCGACCCCUAGUUGCUGUGUUUAAAAUCGCUAAAAUUUACUGCUGCUGAGCAGCUAAGAGUCAACUUUCAAGAGCACACGCAUUUUAAAAAAUGAAUUAAAAAAAAAAAAUUGAAACACAUUAACUAAUGUGCAGAUGCUGAAAGUGACUAAGUAGCCUAUAUCUAAACAGAGGCAAAUAUUAUUCUUUUUAAUCCAUUACAUUUAUUUGAUAUCUUUAGUUACUUUGCGGAUUCAGAUUAAUCAAACAAAAUGUAAUCAACAAUGAAUUAUCGUGCAUUAUUGUAAGUGUAGAUGAAUCUUUAUUGAUAUUCAAGCAUGAAUUCACAAGCUAAGAAGCGGUACACAUGAACAUAAGUAAAAUGAGCCCCACCAAGUGUUAAAUAUUAACAAAGAGGCCAGAAGUUAGAGAUUUUUUCUAGGAAAACAGGAUUUCAAAUAAUAAUAAUACAUGUUAUUAUGCUCUGGGACUAAAACAUACAGUGAGUGUAAGCAGUGUUUAGAACUGUGAAACUGAUUAUUUGAUGCUGUUUUUCUGUUAAUUUGUAAAAUAAUUCUAACUUUACCUUUAAUCAUGUUCAUGCACUACGGAUGCUUUUGCACCUUACAUAUUGAAAUUUUCUUUUUUGUCUCAGUGCAUCUGAAGUUUGAGAACGUUUUACUUAUUUGGACGCUGUCCCCUGUUAAAUUAUUGAAUGCCAGAUUUGGUUUACAGCUGACACAUGCUGCUAAUUAGCCAUCGAAAUUGGUACAAAACAGAUGUGAAGGAUUGUUAAUCACUGUGAUGAAGUUGAUUCAGUUACUUCAACCCCUUAUAUAUGAACAAGUGUAAAUCAAUGUUUCUUACAUAUUUGUACAAAAUAUAAGUGUGGGUGUGGGUCUUUUUCUUUUAUUAUUUUAAGCUUUUGCUCACAUGGAACCAGGAUAUCACUUCUUUAAACCUUUUUUAUAUUGACUGAUUUAUUUUUGCUUACAUUUAUGAAGACAAAUUACAAAAAAAGACCAUGUGUUUUUUCUGAGGGUGUAAGCUACCAGUGUAUAAAAGAAUGUGUAUACUUUAACUGUUAAUGAAUAAACCUAAAAAGAAAAAAAUG